GGGCGCGGGGCGGGGCGGGCGCGGGGCAGCGUCAGGAGUCGAUCCCGCAACAGGUGAGGCUCUCGGGGACCCCCGCGCCCCGCGCCAUGGAGCUGGCGGCCGCCAACCUGAGCGACGCCAACGGCAGCGGCCCCGAGGGCCCCGCGCCCGAGCCCUGGUCGCUGACGGGCGUCGGCGUGGAGAACCUGGUGACGCUGGCGCUCUUCGGCCUCAUCUUCGCGCUGGGCGUGCUGGGCAACAGCCUGGUCAUCACGGUGCUGGCGCGCAGCGCGCCCGGGAAGCCGCGCAGCGUCACCAACGUCUUCAUCCUCAACCUGAGCGUGGCCGACCUGGCCUACCUGCUCUUCUGCAUCCCCUUCCAGGCCACCGUGUACGUGCUGCCCAGCUGGGUGCUGGGCGCCUUCGUCUGCAAGUUCACGCACUACUUCUUCACCGUGUCCAUGCUGGUCAGCAUCUUCACGCUGGCCGCCAUGUCCGUGGACCGCUACGUGGCCAUCGUGCACGCGCGCCGCUCCUCGUCCCUGCGCGUGUCCCGCAACGCGCUGCUGGGCGUGGGCUGCAUCUGGGCGCUGUCCGUGGCCAUGGCCUCGCCCGUGGCCUACCACCAGCGCCUCAUCCAGCACGAGGGCAACCACUCCUUCUGCUGGGAGCUCUGGCCGGAGCGCGGCCACAAGAAGGCCUACGUGCUCUGCACCUUCGUUUUCGGGUACCUGCUGCCCCUCCUGCUCAUCUGCUUCUGCUACGCCAAGGUCCUGAAUCACCUGCACAAGAAGCUGAAGAACAUGUCCAAGAAGUCAGAGGCGUCGAAGAGAAAGACGGCGCAGACGGUGCUGGCGGUGGUGGUGGUCUUCGGGAUCUCCUGGCUGCCGCACCACGUCAUCCACCUCUGGGCGGAGUUCGGGUCCUUCCCGCUGAACACGGCCUCCUUCGUCUUCCGGGUCGUGGCACACUGCCUGGUGUACAGCAACUCCUCGGUGAACCCCAUCAUCUACGCCUUCCUCUCCGAGAACUUCCGCAAGGCCUACCGGCAGGUCUUCCAGUGCCGCCUGGGCCCGCCGCCCGCCGACGGGGCCCGGGAGGGCCGGAGCCGCGCGGACACGCCCCCGUCCACCAACUGCACGCACGUGUGAGGCCGGGCGGCCCCGCGGCCACCGCGCCACUCGCCCGCCAGCCCCCCGGACCCCGCUGUUCCCCAGCUGCCCAGCAUCGGGCUCACCGGCUGGACGCCCACCGCCUGACCCCGCACCCAGGACCCCCCCCCCCCGCGUGAAAUGAGCUCCCACAGGGUGGGGCCUGGGCCGCAUGUUGAAGCAUGUUUGGAUGGACACGCGGAGCUCGUUCUCCAGUUCCUGGGGACGAGGUCAGCAGAGCUCGUUCUAAACGCCGUCAUGCGCUGCCCCGCAUGGCUGGCCCUUGGCAGGGCGCCCCUGCAGGGCACAGGGCUCGCGGCUGCGGGGGGGCUCUGGUGGGCGGGGCCGGGCCGAAGCUGCAGGGGCUCGUGGGGGGCCGUCCUCUGCCACGGGCUGUGGGAGGGGGCUGACGUGCCACAGGCGGCCGCUCUGGUGGUGGAGCGGGAGAGGGCAGUGCCCACCGCCAGGGAAGCAGCCGAGCUCUGCGGUGGCCCGGGGGGGGGGGCGGGGGCCACACCCAAGAUCUGGGCUGAGCCGUGAGUGGGGGCCGCCAGAGGGACCAGGGGACGAGCUGCGAAAACCAGUUCCACGGGCUCCAGCGGCCAGACUGGGUCAGUCGUGCGAGGUCACGGGGCCACGGGAGGCCAGUGGACCGGCAGGGGUGGGCCCACAGGUGUCUCCCGGCCCCGGGGGUCGUGGGGAGGGUCCUCCAGGGCUGCUUCCUGGGCCCCACGUUUUCUUCCCGCUUGACGUGUUCGUCUGUGGUAAAAUCAGCCUGAUUUGUAGUCUUUGUGGCAUGAAAACACCACGUGUGUGUUUCACGGCAGCUUCACAGCUGUGGAUGUUUCCAGUGAGAAGUGGGAGAAGAGGGGGUGUCCCACGGGGAGGUGGGCCAGACUGCAGGAUCUCUGUGUCCUUCAGGAGGACGCAAAAGCAGGAAUUCACUUUUUUGUUUUUUAAAAAAGGGGUUUUGAGGCCGGCGUGAGCGUGAGCGUUGACUGAGCACGGGUGUGUGUAGUCCCAGGCUAAACUGCAAACGCCUUGGUGUGCGAUACUCCCCUGCUCAAAAAGGACUUCACCAGGAAACCCCGUUUUUGACGGAAAGGACGCGGCGAGGCCUCUGCUCGCGACUCAGGCCGCCGCUGGUCUCGCGCUCGGAGUUCCCGCCGGGAAGCGCGAGGAUGCGCACUCGUGUCCGCUGUGGGCAGGAGGCCUGGGGGGCGCGAGUGACCCCAGCUCGAGGCGUUGCUCCUGGUGGUGGCCGGGCCGACCCGAACAGGCCCCUGUGGGCUCAGCUCUCCCGGGUCCCGCAGGGGUGCCCUGGGUGCGAGGGCCGCGGUCCCCUCCCCUGCGCAGGCCAGGCCGCCUGGGGGAGACAGCUGGCACUGCUGCUUGGGGGACGCAGGCACAGCCUCUGCCGGGGGGGGGGGGCUGCAGGGCGGGUCGGCCACACGAGGCCCGGGGGGCCUGCAGGGCGGGUGGGCCACACCGGCCUGGGCCUUCCUGCCGCCUGACCCGCCUGCUUCCCGCUGCUCCCGCCAGCUGCUGACGGCCGCUGGGCUCUGCUGGUCAGAGACAGCACCCCCCCCCCCAUGAGACCCUGCGGGCGUCCAGGCACCCCCUCCCGCAGUGGCCGGCGAGGGGCAGAGCCCGAGAGUGCUGGCCUACGGCCAUGUGGACCCGCCCGGGGUAGCCGCUGCUUCCCUGUGACGUGGCUGCCCCGGGCCAUGGCGGCUGGCCAGUGCUCGGAUCCGCGGCUCUCACCCGGGGUGGGGGUGCCCCGGGGUAUUUCGGGGCCCAGGGCUGGCUGCGGGCUGCGUGCUCCUGCGCCCCCACCCGCAGCCCCGCUCAGCAAGCCCACCCUCCUGCUGUGCCCCCCCUUCGUGGGUCUGCGCCGGGUGCCCACCCGUACCUGGCUCCUGGGCCCAGCCGCGCUCAGCCCCCUCGUGGCCCAGCCGUCCUCUGCCCGGGUGGGCGGGCAGCUCCCACGUGGCCCCUCCGUCCCCACCCCCGCCUGCUGCGCUGAGGGCCCAGCCCUGAGCCUGACGCAGCUCUGCCCGCCGGAGCGCCACGUUCCCAGGCCCGGGCCGCUGUGUCGGCUGGGCCGGGGCAAGACUGAGCCCGGGGCUCCGUGAGCACUGCCGUGCUGGCUGCCACGUGCAGGGGGGGCGCUGGGUCCCGAGUGCGGGGCUGCCCAGGCUGCGUGAGGGGGGACGCUUCCACAGCGGGAGCCGUGUGCUUGCCCGCGGGAGCGGCUGCAGGGGACGCGCCGGUUCCUCGCACAGCGUCAGACAAAGUCGCUUGGUGGCAGAGAGCACCGCCGUGUCUGUCGGUGGGUGCACCCCCCCCCCCCCCAGUUUUCAAAACAGCCACGUGUCGAGUCAGGAGCAGGGUCCCCGGGGGCUGCUGCCUGGGCUCCCUGUCUCUAAGAGGGAAACGCUGUCGCCGUGCUUUGGGGGUUCCCGGGAGCACCGACCGGGAGCACCGCCCCCUGGGGGCAAGAAGCCCGCUGAGUUUCCGUGACGACACGCCGGCUCUGCCCUCUGUGCCCGGCCGCCCUCCUGCUCACACGCUCGCUCUUCUCUCCUGGGUCUCCGGACCGGCUCCUGGCAGCUCCGUGAACGCCGUGUCCCUUUGGCAUGAUAUUCGCUUGCCCAGCCCCGGUGCCGCGCAGGGGGAGCUGGCCUUCCCGCAGCCCCGCCUCGUCCCUGCCAAGUCUAGCUGCUGUGACUCGGACCAAUUUCCCUGUGUUUGUUGAA